AUGUGUUUUGGUCGAGCCGGCUCGGGGUUUGCUUUUUUCAGGUUUUUAAGGUUUUCAUAUUUCGUUUCUGUUUUCUGGGUUUUUCAAGCAUCAUCAUCAUCUAUCGGGAGACGUGAUACCUCUGGGUCCGGACGGGCAUUGCACAAGGUCUUUUCUUUUCUUUUUAGGUCAUCUCUAAUUCGCAGGGCGGGUGGGCAUGGGGGAUGGUUCGCGGGUUCAAUAUCUUUCAGGCAAUCCUUUUCCCCCACAAUUGUUCUUACUCCCUCUCCUGGAAUUAUUUCUACAAAUCUCUUCUCUCAAUGCUUACACGCAGUCUCAGGUUCAACACAUCUGCUUGGGAUCCCUUGGUUUUGUUGGUUGGUUGUACCUUGGCGUGAUUUAUCUUCCAGAUUUCGCGUGUCCAUUUGGCGUUUGGCAUGUCAGGGGAAAGUAGCUUCCACCUGCUUGCUGCCUCAUUUUCCCGCAUACAUACAAUGA